UAAUUUCAGUGUAUCUGGCUAACUGUGUAACAUAGCCUUUUGUUCAUAUGUCAUGUUUGUCAAUAUCAAACUUUUUUUUGCAUGAAGGAUUAUUUGAAUCUGCCUCUCAGGAAUACUGGCAUGAAGAGACAGGUUUCGAAGGAGAGUUUAUUAAAUUGAUGGAAGGAGUCACAAAUAUGUAUCAGUUCAAUAAAAAUUAGUUUUUUACCUUCUAUUCUAAGAUCAAAUGGAAAAUGCACAUCAGUGAAUAUCAAGUUUGGAAUCCUUGUCGUUCUGAAUUCACAGUGAUAGUAAAAAGUGAUUUUUCCUGGAUACUUGCGUGGGUGAUCCAGAUCAAAGUUCGUAUCGAUGUAUCUGUUAGUUUGCUGCUUGAGCAAGGGAAUAGUCAACUGAUUGUCUGAGGUCCCCUUAUGGCCUGAGGUGGUAGUUUUAAAUACUAACCAAGACAUCCAAGCCUCUUGGUAAGCCACCAAAAUAGGUAACCCUUAACUAAUCCUGAAUUAUGAGAGCUACUGGUAUCUUUUAUAUCCAAAUGAAGUCUCCCAUACGUGGAAUACUUCUCAAAAACUUACUCUUGUCUUUUUCAUAAACAUUAAGUUUUGAGGAAGUUCAGGCACUCAUCAGUUUAAACCAGACAUCUUUAGUAUUGAUUCCUUCAACUGGGACUGGGUUGUUUAGUUUUAAAACAGUCAUAGUAAUGCCAUCCCUGAUCACCUUACCAGCUUUUCUGAGCUUUCAGAAGGUUCUGACUGUUCUGCCUCCUGCGUGGUAUUUGCUUCUGCUCACUUAAACAGCACAUCCCUGAUAGCAAUGUCUGCAGAGCUGGUGGGAAUUAAAACGGUAGUGGUGACUGGGUAGUGCCACCUACCACAAAAAAUUUAGCCUUUGUCUUUACUGUUAGUGUUAACAACAGUUACACGAAUAAUUUGUCUAGUUUGCCAUCUGUGAUUGGAAUAAGAUUUAAGAAAAGUAAGCCUGUAAAAACUUUUGUGCUUAUAAAUAGUCUCCGUAAUUCAUCCUGUAAGACCUCAGGCAACACUUUUUUGAGGAAUACUCACCUACUAAACUUGCAGUCACUGGUCCUAUGCCUUUAUCCUGAAUAGUCUGUGGAAGACAUAGGUUUAUUCCCAAUAUUUCAGGUUCAUAAUCAUUAGUCAAAGCUCUGAGCAUCUCUGCUCUUCAGUAAACUGUUUCCCUGAGACAUCCACAUACUCUUUCACAACGUGUCAGUUUUCCUUUUUUGGUUCUGUCAAAUUCUCUAAUGCCUGGCUGCUCUGCUGGCAAAGAGUUAAGUGUGGUCGUGGCCUCUGUAGUCACAGGUGAGACAUGGUUGAUACAGGUUAUAGCCUCAGGUGGUUAUACUUUAUACAGUCUCUGCGUUUCAGUAUUUGGAAUUCAGACUAGAGCACAUAAAUACUAUCAGCAUGUAACUGGGAAAAACAAACUGUUGUAGGAUCAGCUAGUUCUUGUUUUACUCUCUAUAUGCAGUGAAAUUGUAUUUGGGGUAAAAAGAAAAAGGCACACUUGCUUUUUUGUACCGGGUAUCAAUGUAUAAUUACCUUUAUAACUGAAAAACAAGAACAAUCACAUUUCUGGACUCGCAUGAUCCAUGCUUGAAAUACUGCAGGGAAUUUUAUUUUAGUGGGGCUUGUUUGUCUGGAUUUUCUGCAUACAUUGACACUGCAUGGAAAAAGCACUCUGUCUUUUCAUGUGAGGUUUUCAAUGGUACGGAUUUAAGAUUUUUUUUUUUUUGGUAGAAUUGCAGGAUUAAAAUCAAAUUGGCAUUAACAGUUAUGUAAAAUGUAUUAGUCUGUAAUUUCCUGGGAUUUAUGUUCUACUCAUUUGUAAUAGCUAGGUCUCUUUAUGCAAUAAAAAAGAGUUAUCGUGGUUGAACUGACUGCUUAGCAAAGUUCUGGAUAAAACAAGGAUUUGUCAGAGAAUUAGGCUGUGAGGGAAUCUUUAAGAACCAUGUGGCAGAAUUUUGUUUCAGCUGUUAACUGUAACAUUGCAUUAAUUGUGGGGCUGUCUGUUGCCUGGGACAGAUGCCUAGAGAGGUUCUAAAUGAAAUACAGAUAAUUUUGUAGAAUUAACAUUUCAAAAUGUUCUGUACUACGUUUUCUGGAGCCCCUUCUGAAGAUGUCACAGAUAUUGAUAACAGUGGAUGCUUAAGGCCACUGUACUGUCAGGUACUUCCUAAGGAUGAGCUCUAUAUGCCUCUCUCAUCUUCAUUUAUUGAGCUGUCUACACCUGAUGGGGAAGGUGCUUGUUUUAUGAUGGGAAAAAUUUUACUGGAUAUAAAUAUGGCAGUUCUAGAAGAAUACAAUUCUAUCCAUGGUUCUUUCAUCCCUCGUGGACUUCAAAGGUCUAAACCUGAUGGCCCAAAUCUACCAAUGGCAACUGUUGAUAUCAAAAACCCAGAAAUUACAACUAACAGAUUUUAUACUCCACAAGUUAACAAUAUUUCAUAUACCAAAGAAAAGAAGAAAGGAAAAACUAAAAAGAGAAGAUUGACAAAGGCAGAUAUUGGAACACCAUCUAAUUUCCAACACAUUGGACAUGUUGGUUGGGAUCCAAACACAGGUUUCGAUGUGAACAACUUAGACCCAGAACUGAAAAACCUGUUUGAUAUGUGUGGAAUUUCAGAGGCUCAACUAAAAGACAAAGAAACUUCAAAGGUCAUAUAUGAUUUCAUUGAAAAAACAGGAGGUGUGGAAGCUGUUAAAAAUGAACUGCGCAGACAAGCUCCACCGCCACCACCACCGUGCAGAGGAGGACCCCCUCCACCUCCACCACCCCCUCCCCAUAGCUCAGGCCCUCCUCCUCCCCCUGCUAGGGGCCGAGGGGCACCACCUCCACCUCCUUCUAGAGCUCCCACAGCAGCACCUCCACCCCCACCCCCAUCUAGACCUGGUGCAUCAGUGCCCCCACCUCCUCCAAACAGGAUGUAUCCUCCUCCACCACCAGUGCAUUCAUCAUCUGCACCUUCCGGCCCUCCUCCUCCGCCACCACCACCGGCAAGUGGGUCGUCUGUUCCUCCACCCCCUCCUCCUCCUCCACCCCCUCCUGGUCCUCCUCCACCACCAGGCCUUCCUUCAGAGGUUGAUCACCAGCUUCCAGUUCCUGUAGGAAACAAAGCAGCACUCUUGGAUCAAAUCAGAGAAGGAGCUCAGUUAAAGAAGGUCGAACAGAACAGUCGACCGGUAUCCUGCUCAGGAAGAGAUGCACUGUUAGACCAGAUACGACAGGGUAUACAGCUGAAAUCCGUAUCUGAUGGUCAAGAGAGUGCACCACCUACACCUGCGCCCACCUCAGGAAUUGUGGGUGCAUUAAUGGAAGUUAUGCAGAAAAGGAGCAAAGCCAUUCAUUCUUCAGAUGAAGAUGAGGAUGAAGAUGAUGAAGAAGACUUUGAGGAUGAUGACGAAUGGGAUGAUUGAUCAUAUAUUAUUAUAUAUAUAUUUUUUAAGGUGAAUGAUAUACUAAACACUACUUUCUGUCUAUGGAUUCUGUAAAAUUAUCAUGUAAAUGUUCUACCAAUUUGCUGUAUAUUUUUGUUGCCUUUUGCUUUUUUAUUAAUCUGUGCAAUACCUCAUUUAAUCUGUAAAGGUUUGUCAUAAUCCUCUGCAAAGCUACUCCCUGUUAAUGUGUGCAAGUUUACACCUGGAUGAUCAUGUACAUGUGAAUACUUUCCAUUCCAUCAAUAAGGGAGUUUAAAUGUAAUAUGUGAGACUGACAAAAACCUUAAUGUAAUUUAGUUAUAAUGCAAGAAGGAAAACACUAUUUUCAUACCCUACUUUUUCUGUAUCUAAAUUUUCUUAUUAAAACCUAGUAUAGCACUAUGUUCUUUAAGUGAUGCAGCUCUUAGUUUAUUUAGCCCCUUCAUUUCAAAUGCAAUGCUACAUGAAUGUUGAGGCUGGUUUAUACUCUUGCAUGGUUUCAAAUACAUCACAACAUUGCAGUUCAAGUCUUAGCAGUAUGCUUUACGUAAAACAAAAUCACUGCAGAAAUGCACAGCUAGUUGUGAAGAUUACCUUGCUCUAACUGUAGCAAUACUGACUGCUAUUGAACAGCAGUAGUAAUUACACCUUUCAAUUAGGGAGCUCUCUAUGUGAAGUUCAACAGGGUGGCUUUACACUGUAAUAGUGAUAAAGACAUCUUUGAUGCAGACGAGUUCAGUCUUUUCUUUUUUUCUUUUUUCUUUUUUUUUUUUUCCCCAGCUCUUACUUUCAGAAGGAAGAAGUGUGAAUUACUUGGGGGCUGUACUGGAGGCUGGCAAUUGCUACAGUUUGAUUUAUUUUGAAAAUCAAUUUCAUGCGGUUUUCAGGCUGAAGGGCUGCGUUUAAUGCUUGCUUCAAUAAUGUUUAAUUACUUUUUAACAUUUGUAGGACAUUGGUGUACUAAUAAAGUAAACAUAAGUGGUAUUACUUUGCAGUCUUUGCGUUAUGGUACACAACAAAUGCUGAAACACCAAUCCUACAUCCAUAAAGUUGGAAAGACGUUAACUCAGAAUAUACACUUUGAAUAAGUACUGAACUUUAUGGCAAUAUUCUGUCUUCAUAUGUUGGCUUUAAGGUCAAGGGUUGUGAUGAAGAUCAGGAGCCCAGUUCACAAGAAUAGUAUUUGAGUAAGUGGACAGAAAACGGGAUUCUCAUUUCACAGCUUGCACGUUUAUGUAAGUUGUACUUUGUAGUGCAGUAAAUAUAGGCAUAUCUGCCUAUUACAAAAUACUAAUCUAUGCUACGUGGGUAUUUAAUAUCUGCAGCAUUAAUUACUGUACUUACUGUAAUUUUCAGGUAGUAAAUCUUUUUAAAAACCACAUUAUCUGACAUGGAAUGUUUAGUUAAGUCAGUCAUAUUUGGAGCGUAGUUAAUGCCUAGUGUCCUGGGUCUUUUGACUGUAGUCAAGGUAUCAAACUAAAUUUAAGUUAUCAGAAUUGUAUUGACUGAAACCCAGUGUUGACCUGAUCUUGACAGGCUGGACCUGCAUGAUACGGCUUGGAUUUCUAACCCAGUUAUAAACUAGUCUUUAGCGAAUUAAUUUAGUCAUAUGAGAAGAAAGGAAAGUUGCUGAGAAGUAGUGGGAGACGUAAGGUAGUUAAAUUAUUCAGAGGAUGCUAACUUCCUUCCAAGAGUAAUUUAAGCACAUAACUUGAGGGGAAAAAAACUUCCAAGUGGUCUCACUCUCUUGCGGUAACUUUUGCGUUGCCCCCUGCUGCUAUAAACGCUUCCUGCUAGCUUUGCUGCUGUAAUGGCUUGAGCAUCGGAUCAAGUGCAAGUGCAGCCGGGGGUAGCUACGGGCAGUGGAGUUAGGAACUCGUGUAUAAGGAAAAUAUUUGUAUGGCUUUCAUAUAACUUCUGGCACUGCUCCCAUAUUGCAUAUAGGGCAUUUUAAAAUUAAGCAGAUGAGGCCUAGAGGUUUUCCUACCAUGCUACUUACUAGAUAUGUUUAGCUGUUCCCAGAAUUGGAAUUUCUGUAAUAUAGUUAAUAAUUAAGUAUCGCAGUUCAUUAAUCAAACUUCUGUUCCAGGUUGUAGGAUCUCUGAAGUUACAUUAUUGAAUAAAACUUUGAUUUGUAGAUACUGGCCAAAGAAAGCUUUUGGUUUUUCUAUUUCUUUUUCUUCACACAAAAAGUACACUCGUGGUGUCCAGGUUAAUAUUUACUUUCAAGUAGUGUUUGUACAUGAUAAAUUUCAGGCAUAAAGACUGCAAUGGCAGUUAAGUUACUCAUAACUGCAUGCUUCAGCAUUCUGCCACUUGCACUGUGAGCAGAAGACAGCAUUUCAUGAUACUGGUGCAUUGUUGCUAAACAUUGUAAUGAAGGCCUCUCUUAUAUAUUCCGGUUAAAUGACUGUCCAGAUAGCCUUAGCAAUUAACGAACUAGCAUGAGGCUUUUGUAUCUCGACACUCUAUGUGCAUAGACAAUAUCAGCUAGCCACUUGUACGUAUGAAAUCCGUAAGAACUUCUCAAUCAUUCAGUUUUCCAUUUAUUGAACUGAAAUUUUUAGUAUGUGAAUUUUUGAAAUGUACAGUGAAUAGGAUGUUGCACUGGUGGCAAUUCAUCAUGGAGCAUAAUAAAAUUAAUUUGACCCAA